UGAAGGAAGGAGGAAGAGGAGGAGGAGGAGUAGGGUGUGAAGGCCCAAAUAAAGCCACGGGGGCCGGGGCAGGGCUGGGCCCCCCGGUGCUAUAAAUACUCUGGCGGCCCGAAGGCUCGGAUUUGGUGGUUUGGGCUCGGGACACGGGACCGCCACUGCAGCAGUAGUAGCUUUCCUCAAGGGAAUUACAUCAUCAUCAUCACCACCAUCAUCGUCAUCAUCCGGGAUGCCUCGCGUGGACGCCGACCUCAAGCUGGACUUCAAGGAUGUCCUGUUCCGCCCCAAAAGGAGCAGCCUGAAAAGCCGCUCCGAGGUGGAUCUGACGAGGACUUUCACAUUCCGCAACUCCGGGCAGACGUACACAGGGAUCCCUGUCAUCGCCGCCAACAUGGACACCACCGGAACCUUUCAGAUGGCGCAAACCCUAAGCAAACACGCACUCUUCACGGCCAUCCACAAGCACUACACCUUGGACCAAUGGAAGGACUUUGCUGACAAGCAUCCUGAGUGUUUGGAGCACGUGGCCGCCAGCUCAGGCAGUGGCAGUGGCGACAUGGACAAACUUUGCGCCAUCGCCGAGGCCGUGCCGGCCCUCAAGUACAUCUGCCUGGACGUUGCUAACGGCUACUCCGAGCACUUUGUGCACUUCGUCAAGGCGGUGCGGGAAAAGUUCCCUAAACACACCAUUAUGGCGGGUAACGUGGUGACGGGCGAAAUGGUGGAGGAGCUCAUCUUGUCCGGCGCUGACAUAAUCAAAGUGGGCAUUGGACCAGGGUCAGUGUGCACGACUCGGAUCAAGACAGGCGUGGGUUAUCCUCAACUGAGCGCCGUCAUCGAAUGUGCCGACUCAGCACACGGCCUCAAGGGACACAUCAUCUCCGAUGGCGGCUGCAGUUGCCCCGGAGACGUCGCCAAAGCUUUUGGCGCGGGCGCCGAUUUUGUGAUGAUGGGCGGCAUGCUGGCGGGUCACGACCAGUGCUCGGGCGAAAUUAUCGAGAAGAACGGCAAAAAGUUUAAACUCUUCUACGGCAUGAGCUCCGACACGGCCAUGAAGAAAUACGUAGGCGGCGUCGCCGAGUACAGGGCGUCGGAAGGCCGCACGGUGGAGGUGCCGUACCGGGGCGACGUGGAGGACACUAUCCGUGACGUGCUGGGCGGCGUGCGGUCCACGUGCACGUACGUGGGCGCCGCCAAGUUGAAGGAGCUGAGCCGCAGGACCACCUUCAUCCGUGUCACGCAGCAGUCUAGCCAGAUGUUUGCUUAGCUGCCGCCGCUUCGACCUCCUCGCCCACAUCUCAGGAUUAGCUGCUCUCAAGCUCACGAAAUGAUUGUAAAAACCUUCGGCGUGAGAAAACACCAAAGGCUCUUUUGUUAACUCAUACUCAGUCAAUAAGUCAAGUGCUCUUGAGUUGGACAACAAAUGCAAAAAUGUCACUUUUUGGUUACAUGCAAUUAAAGUGCAUGCAGACAUCCUUGUUGACUCACUCCAUGUUGAUUUGGGGCAUUUUCUGGUCACAUCCUAUUGAUUUGGGGGAAUUCCUGGGUUACUUUGGGAUUUUCGAGGCAUUUCUGCACCACUCCCUGUUGAUUUAGGGUCAAUUCCUAAUGAUUUUGGGGUAUUUCUGGGUCGCUUCAUGUUGAUUCCAAGUCACAUCCUGUUGAUUGUGGGCAUGGUCUGGUGACUUUCUAUUAUUUUGGGAAAUUUCUGGGUCACUUCCUGUUGAUUUGGGGACAUUUUCUGGUCACUUCCUAUUUGAUUUUGGGAAAUGUCUGAGUUAUUUUUGAUUUUGGGGCAUUUCUGGGCCACUUCCUGUUGAUUUUGGGUCAAUUCCUAACUAUUUCUGGGUGACUUCCUGUUGAAUUUGGGGAAUUUCUGGGUCAUUUCCUGUUGAUUCCAAGUCAUACUGUUAAUUCUGGGCAUGUUCUGGUGACUUUCUAUUAUUUUGGGAAAUUUCUGGGUCACUUCCUGUUGAUUUGGGACAUUUUCUGGUCACUUCCUAUUUGAUUUUGGGGAAUUUCUGGGUUAUUUCUUAUUUUGGGGUACUUCUGGGCCACUUCCUGUUGAAUUUGGGUCAAUUCUUAAUGAGUUUGGGGAAUUCCAGGGUCACUUCUUGUUGAUUUGGGGGCAAAUUCUUGGUUACUUCCUGUUGAUUUUCAGUAUUUUCUUGUCAAUUCUAGUGAUUUUGAGGUAUUUCUGGGUCACUUCCUGUUGAUUUUGGGGAAUCUCUGGGUUAUUUUUUUUUUUAUUUUGGGACAUUUCUGGGCCACUUCCUGUUGAUUUGGGGCCAAUUCCUAGUGAUUUGGGGGAAUUUCUGGGUCACUUCUUCUUGAUUUGGGGGCAUUUUGUGUUACUUCCUGUUGAUUUUCAGCACUUCUUGUCACACCCUAUUCAUUCUAAGUCACUUUCUGUUACCUAUGGGCAUUUUCUGGUCACUUCCUAUUUACUUUGAGGAAUCUCUGGGUUAUUUUUUUAUUUUGGGCAUUUCUGGGUCACUUCCUGUUGAUUUUGGGGCAUUUCUGAGUCACUCCCUGUUGAUUUUGGAGCAGUUUCUGAAUUACUUCACCUUGUUGGCGUUAAACUGGUCUUUUGGGCAUCUGCACAAGUUGAUCCAUUGUUCACAUUGUUCCCUCUUUUUUGGCUUCGGGAAACGUAUGAAGAAAAUAUCAUUCAUUUGUCAUAAUGUCUAGAGUCGUUUCUACAAGUUCCAUAGCAGCAGUGUUUACUCGGCUUGUUCUUUUUUGAAAGAUUAAUGGCAGAAAACAAGCCAUAAUAACAUGGGUUUUAUGCGAGGGCAUGUCGAUGUUAACCCACUUCCGGGUUACGAUGGCGACGUCACGGUCUAAAAAUAGCAUUCGCGCAGUGUGCUAUUCUGAUGUCACUAUUGCCUCAGCACAUCUUGCCGGCUAUCUGGCCCUUAUUGUUUUUAGAUGGAAAAGUUACAUAAAAUAAAAUAUGUAAAAGAUGAUUUUUUUUGUAUGGAUGCUGAAUUGUCAAAAUAUUAUAUAAUUUUUUUUUUUUUUGCUAAAAAACGGGCUGUUGGCCGAAAAUUAUCCGAUUAUUUGAGUGUAAAGUUACGUAAUUGUGUAUGGAUACAAAAUCCAACAUGGCGGCCAUCACAAAACAGAGAGGUUUUUAAGUUGAAAAUUCUUAUAGAUAAAUGCGUAAAUCCCGGAGUUUCUAAAGCUAUGAACGUAAAACAGUCUAGAUUAUUGGUUAAAAGGAAAAAACGGGAAGUUGUCUUUCAUUUUACAUAAAUAUUUCAAGCUAGUUACGCUAACUUUUUCCAUUUCCAUCGAGACUGUUUUACAUCCACAUCUAUAAAGAAUUCAGGGAUUUAAGCAUUUAUUCACAAGAAAUUUUAACGGAAAAAGCUCUUUGUUUACAUAUGGCGGCCGCUAAUUUGCUUGCUGACUAGCAUCAUAUUUUGCAAUAUUUACGUCAAAUAAAUGCUAACGGCACAGUUGUUUUGCUUUUAACCAAGGGAUUUAAGCAUUUAUUCACAAGAAUUUUCAACGGAAAAAAAUCGUUUUCAUAAGGCAACCACUACAUUUGCU